CUCACUUGUUUGAACACCUGACUGUUGAACAGAAUCACGUGUUUCCGUGUGACGUGUCGGGGUUGCGGGUUUGAGUCCCGCAGGACCAAAGAUGUCACGCUAAUGUACAUUUCUGUAUUUAGGUUAUUUCUGUAUUUAGGUUGCUGACAGAGGCUGCACCGACGGACAGGGCGGCCGUCCAAUGGGAGCGCAGCUUGCCUCCCGUGCAGGGCUGUGGUUGGUCGGCACGGUGACAGAGGGGCGGGGCUGUGAGAUUACAGCAGCAUCUCUCUCUCUGCGGAUCCAGCGGACAUCUGGAACAGCCCUGUCCGGGAAUCAAACCUCCGAGCACCGAACACCGACGUCCCGCACCCACCCUGCCCGGCUCUCGCUGCCUGUUUCCCGGUGAGAACGCAGCCGCGCUCCGGUGUUGUUGUCGCGGCUCCGGGCUGCAUCUCCACCGGGAGGCUGCUGCGCUCCGGAGGGACGGACGCACCGUUUCUCCCGGUUAGAAACACGGAAAUACGAAUAAAACCCGGGAGGGUUGAUGGACUGAAGUGAUCCGACAUCUGAGAGGGUUUUAGGCCCGAUGGAAGCUGCGACAUAUGUGGACCUGGUGCGCCUGGAUCCCGGUUCCUGCCUAGUCUAAAGAGCCCUCUGUGUCACUGAGGAUUUAAUGAAUUUGUUUUGUUUGAGUUUUUCAGUUUCUCUGAUAAAAGGUCCUGAUUGAGAGUUUGCGGGUCCUCCUCCUCCUCCUCCUGGUCUGGAUUAGAGCCCAUCAGGAUCAUGAAUCAUCCCCCCUCUGCUCCUCUAAUCUGGGUUUUACCGAGCUGGAUUUAAAGCUGAGAUCUGAUCUGGAUUACUCUGCUCCUGGUUCAGACCGGGUCACGCCAGUCCCGGUCCUGGUGUGAUCUUAAAACUGGUUCUUGGUCCUCUUGGUCCUGGUUUGGGGAGUUCUUCUGUUGCCAUGCCGACGUCCCGGCCUGGUUCGGAGCCGGUGGAGUUCUGGGUGGAUGGGUCGAGACGGGACGGGACGGUGGAGGAGUUCUACACCCUGAGCUCGGAGCUGGGCAGAGGAGCGACGUCCAUCGUGUAUCGCUGUGAGGAGAAACAGACUCAGAAGCCCUUCGCCCUCAAGGUCCUGAAGAAAACGAUCGACAAGAAAAUCGUUCGCACUGAAAUUGGCGUCCUGCUGCGUCUUUCCCACCCAAAUAUCAUCCAGCUGAAGGAGAUCUUUGAGACGGACACUGACAUCGCUCUGGUGCUGGAGCUGGUGACAGGAGGAGAGCUGUUCGACAGGAUCGUAGAGCGUGGUUACUACAGCGAGCGAGACGCCGCUCACGUCAUCAAACAGAUCCUGGAGGCCGUGGCGUAUCUACAUGAGAACGGCGUCGUGCAUCGUGACCUCAAACCAGAGAACCUGCUGUACGCCGACCUGUCGCUGGACGCCCCGCUGAAGAUCGCUGACUUUGGUCUUUCCAAAAUCGUCGAUGACCAGGUCACCAUGAAGACCGUCUGUGGUACACCAGGGUACUGCGCUCCUGAGAUCCUGCGGGGAAAUGCUUACGGCCCUGAGGUGGACAUGUGGUCAGUGGGCGUCAUCCUCUACAUCCUACUCUGUGGGUUCGAGCCCUUCUUUGACCCGAGGGGGGAUCAGUACAUGUACAGCCGUAUCCUCAACUGCGACUACGAGUUUGUGUCUCCGUGGUGGGACGAGGUCUCCCUCAAUGCCAAGGAUUUGGUCAGUAAGCUGAUCGUCCUCGACCCUCACAAGCGCCUCAGUGUCCGAGAGGCUCUGCACCACCCCUGGGUGUUGGGCAAAGCCGCCCGCUUCUCCCACAUGGACACCACCCAGAGGAAACUACAGGAGUUCAACGCUCGACGCAAACUUAAGGCUGCCAUGAAGGCCGUCGUGGCCACCAGUCGGAUGCACGAGGGCUCGCGGCGUCGUACUGACAGCUGCGAGAUUCCAGGCUCGGGGACAUCCAGGCAGAGCAGCAUGCAGCAGGACCCACCCCCAGAGUCAACAAGCCCCGCCCCUGCAGACAAAGAGGCCCUGCCCCCUGAUCAGCAGCUCCCUCAGGAAGACGGAUCAAAGCCCGGCGACCAAAGUGCCCUCAGCCCCUCCCCUCCAUGCAGCCCCAAACCACCCACCUCUGAUGUCACGCCCACAGGCCCCGCCCCCAUCAGACCACCGCUUCGUGUCGACGGGCUACGUCAGGCGUCCGUCGUCUCCAAAUCCAUGCUGGUUCAGCCCCGAUUGCCGCAGAAGAGCUACUCCGUGGUAGGGCCUGCCGCCAGGGUUGAGGCCACGCCCUCGGUGGCCACGCCUCCGAAUCCCAACACCCUCAGCAACGGCUUCAUGCCGGGGGCGGAGCCAGCCAGUAAGACCGCCCACUGCCAAUGAUUUCCUGACAAACAGAGCGGAGACGCUUCACUCUGCUUCAGUUUCACACAAAAAUCCCAGAAAUAACGAGGUUCAGCCUUCCAUUAACUCUAAAAUCAUUUAUUGGGACCAAAUUACACCAGAACCUAAAUAAUCUGUAACAUCCAGAGCUAACAUAACCAGUACAACUCACAUUUCUGUAGCUCUGCAGCUAACAUGCUAACAGAUAUGUCCUCACUGAGGGUUUGUAGGGUACUUUUGCAGCCUGGACAGUUGAGCUGCAGGGUUUCAGUACGAAGGCUGGAGAUGAUUCAGGACGUGAAAAACAAAAAGCACUUGUCCCACAUUAGGACUUACGAGUGAUUUAAUCUGCUCUUGUUGCUGUGGUAAGAAAAACAACUAGGCGCGUCAAGAAGUGCUGCCACUGGACAGAAAGAAAGGCUUCUCUCGUUUAAACAUCAUUUAGAUUUUAGACUCUUUCUGUCUUCUAAUAAAUACAGACGUAUUUAGAGAUAAUUGUUAAAACAUGUAAAAUGCUAGUUUUCUAGCUGCAAGCAAAACGACAAAUGUUUUAACAAUCUGAUUCACAAUUUCUCUAUCUGGUAAAUUUGCCAUAUUGCUGGAGAAUUACACCUUUUUCUUUAUAAAAAUACAUUACAAUCUUAAUUAGUGUUGGAAAGGUUAUUUUCUAAAUGUAAUAGGUAAUCGAUUGUGAUGCAAUUUAAAAUGUAAUAGUUAAAUUACUUUAUUAAAGUAAUAUAACUUAUUAAAUUUAAGUACUUUUUGAUUACUUUUCUAAAUUUCUAAUGAAUGUUUUCGGCUGUUAAUCAUUUUCUAAAGACAGCUUGAGAGGCAGUUAAACUGGCAGAUGGGCGGAGAACCAAUCAGAAGCAUCAGAACAGCUGUGGCUGGAAACAGCAAAGGAAGAUAGUGUGCACAUGAAAAACACGCAAAGCAACAAAAUUAAUAUUAUUCAACAUAUAGCCGAGCUUAUUACUGAAAAUAUUCAGAUGUAACCCCCCAGUGUAAUCAUUAACGUUUUCAGGAGUAACUGUAAUUUAAUUUCACAUGUUUUUCCAGUAACUCUUACAGACAUUUAUUUUCUAAUUCAAAUAUGUAAUGAAAUUACAUGUAACUAGUUACUCCCCAACACUGAUCUUAAUCAUAUAAUAUGUCAUUUAUUGUUAUAAUUGAAAGUCGCGAAUUACAGACAGCAGUAAAGACUUCUUCUGCUAACUCUUGCUACUUCAGUCUAGCUAGCAUCUCUUAGCUAAGAUAGCAUGCUAGAUAACACUUUGGGUUAACCGAAGAACUUACUGGACUCCUGAGUUGACCUGAAGCUGGAUCAGCAUCAACAAACACAAUGCUGCUCCGGUGAAUCUUUAACAUGUUAAAGUUCAGUCAUAGCAGCAUUUUAAACCAAGCAAACAAAAUUUGCUAACUGACAGUAGCAGCUAGCUUAGCGGGCGGCCGUGAGUAGCGGGUUAGCAGUUAGCUUGGUACCUAGCUCACCACCGAGCCAUGUAGUAAUUGCUUUGUCAGGAGAACUCCACAUAUUGUGCAAAGACGACGUAGUGAUGAGGCAACUUUCUGUUGGGAACAGGACUUAACUUCUGUGGCAUGUUAGCUUGUUAGCUGGCUCUGCCCUCCUGAUCAUUGAACUAGACUCCUCAUGACAGUUUCAUGUCAUGUGACAAUAUCCCACUGCAUUUGUGAAGCAUGCUAACCAUCAGAAAAGCUUAAACUCCUCAAACUAAAACGGCGUCUCUUCCUGUGUUUGGUUGCUCUUCUUGCCAC